AUGACGUCUCAGUUGAAACAUUGCGACGAUGGGCCGAUUCCGGAAGAAUUGCUAUUGUCAGGACACCUGGUGGAAAACGACUCUAUUCAAUUACUGACAUACAAGAAAUCUUUAGAGAUAACCAACAGACACAAAUCACGCAAAAGGCCAAGAUCUGUUACGCCAGA